UAGAUCCCGUUGCCUCGAAAUAGGAGGUCAGCAUCGACCUUACGAAAGAGUUCCUCGCUACUACAGCGCCUCGCUCGGUAUAUAAGUGCGUCCAGCGCUGAUGUGGACAGCACUCAACGCCAACAUCUCAACAUGAAGUUUGUGAUCAUCGCCGCCUUCGCCGCCGUGGCACUCGCCGCCCCCGACAGGCCCUACAGCUAUGCCUCCGUGGGAUCCAGCGAGGAGGCAGAGAUCCUGCAGCACGACUUUGUUCUUGAGGAUGACGGCAGGUACAACCUGGACGUGAAGACCAGCAACGGCAUCUCUGUAGCCCAGCACGGCAGUCCCGACGGUCCCGAGGGCGCCGUGGUCAAGAGUGGAGUGUUCUCCUACACCGCCCCUGACGGCACCCCUGUUGAGGUGAAGUUCGUCGCCAACGAGCACGGCUACCAGCCUGAGUCUGACCUGCUGCCCGUGGCACCCGAGUUCCCCCACCCCAUCCCCGAUUUCGUGCUGGCCCAGAUCGCUAAGGCCGCCGAGGAGGACCGCAACCGCUCUCCCGAGGGCAGAUACACCUAUGCCUAAACACUCUCCAUCACCUGGACGUCACACACCGAACCAGAGCUACUCUUGAUCUGGUCACAUUAUGUACGGCAAACACCUAAACCGUGAAGAGUCACGGAAAGACUUCACGGGAAGCGUAGGAUUUGGCACUGCUGGCAGUUCACCGCAUGUAUCGUGCAAACGUUGUCACUGUUUAUCAACCAGAUCUGUUUGGUAAAUAUGUGUCAUUUAUUUAUUUAUUAAAAUGAAAGCUUCCUUCCAA